CAUCUUACAUUUACCAACAUAUUGUAUUUGACAUGAUAAUGGACUCAAACGCGUCAUGCAAAGUAUGUGGCAGGCUGGAGCGCGUGAUGAAGAGGUGCACGAGGUGUCGUAAUGUGUUAUACUGUUCCAGGUCAUGUCAGUUACGUGACUGGGUCACACACAAGUACUCUUGUAUCCGGCAGACGGAGGAAGAGAGACAUCGGACAAGUUCCAUAGCGGACGGGUCUUCAACAACUGACACACCAAAACAAUAUAGACACGAUGGCACGAUUUUCACGGAUGAGAGCAACACAUUGCCCUAUAGCCCACCGGUAAACUUCCAAAAAGCCUUGCACAAAGUAAAUAGGGAGGAGCAGACACACACAGAUGCCUCAGCCUAUUCUUCGGCAGACGGCACUUCCGGUUCCAGGAUGUACCUAAAUAACAAUGUUUAUAUGAGUGACGCGCCGACACCCGACCUUAGUCAACCUCACGAACAGAUUGUUGUCAAGGGAAACAACGAUAAACGGACAAUUGUUAUACAAAAUACCUGGUCAGGCGAGGACGUCGUGAAGGUCAUUGCUAGCGAGAUGACUAUCCCUCUUGACAAACUCAAGACGAUACACAAGGGCAAGGUGAUGACGUCAGACAACAUCCGUUCAGUUAUUCGCCCUAAGGCAGUGUUCCAGGUGAUCGGGGAGCGUGCGGAGAACGAAGAUGGAUUGGAUAAGAGAGACAUUGAUAUUAUGAUGUCACAACUUCACGUAGACAGAAACGAGGCUAUUCGCGCGCUGAGGAAUAAAGGAGACGUGAUUGAUGCCCUUCUGCAUAUUGGAAGUAAAUAAAAUACUUAUAUUAA